GGAGGUGCUGAGUGACCGUGCAGCUUUUUAGGGAUGUGUGCAAAAUGCAUUUCCUGAAAAUGUUCAGGCUCAGCCUGGCAAGCCUGCCAACCAACAAGAUGGAGGAGGCGAGCUUUCGCUUUGGGGGUCGCGUUGGAGGGCUGUCGGGAUAUCCUGUGUGACGCACGGGCUCUCGCGCGAGGAAUUGUGGGAUCUGAUGGUUUGAGCUGAAGUGGGGCUGAAGUUAGCGGACAAUAGGAGGGGUGCAUUGUGGGACGGGAUAUAGCAGCGAUCGAAUCCAUGAAUGAAAGUCCAGCCACAGCAUGCCAUAUAUCCAUAAAUUUAGAAGAAUUUGUGAGGGCAGAUACCACUUUAACGUAGAUUUUACAAACGUUAAACAUGGCAAAAAUGAUCCGAGGGAAGACGAGAAGCCAAAAUCGUCCAAUGGAAUCAGUGGCAAAAAGAAAGAUACCUCCAGCAUCACUGAAGGUACGGAAGUUGCUGAGGCAGGAUGUGCAGAGAAAAGUGAAAAAGAAAAUAUUCCAGAGCAGGAUGUGCAUAAUAGCUCGACAGGAAGUCCAGAUCCACCGGACACCUCCCAACCUGCGGAUUCUUCCGCGGAUAAAGAGUACGGCUGCCCUGUGUGUCAGAAACUGUUUACAUCACAUUCUGAGCUGAUUAAACAUCAAAAAAUCCACAGAAAGAAAGAAUGGAUUUGCUCUGAAUGUCACAAGCAGUUCCCUACUAAAGCUAAACUUGUCAAACAUCGGAAAGUUCACAGGGGGAAGGGGAAGAUAUUUCCCUGUCCCCACUGCACAAAACGUUUCAUGCGGAAAUCGAAGUUCGAGGUUCACCUGAAGGUCCACGAGAAAACAUACACGUGCCCCGAGUGUGACAAAUGUUUCAACAUCAAAUCGAAUUUCACCAGACACAUGUUGGUUCACACCGAGGAGAAAAGAUUCGUAUGUUCAGAAUGCGGGAAGGGUUUCUCCCAGAACACUCAUUAUCUUAAACAUAAGAGGAGCCACAAAAACGACUAUCUUGUGCACUGCCCUGAAUGUGGCAAAGGAUUUUUCGACAAGUACAGCCUGAAAGCGCACCUUAAGAUUCACACCGGAGAGAAACCGUUCUCCUGUUCGGAAUGUGGAAAAGGCUUCAUCCAAAAUUCACACCUGGUUUUACAUCUGAGGAUUCACACGGGGGAAAAACCGUUUGCGUGCCCUGAAUGCGGGAGGCGUUUUAGCGAUAAAUCAAGUCUUGUGAAACAUAAGCGAAUUCACACCGGGGAAAAGCCAUAUAAGUGCUCCGACUGCGGCAGAGGUUUUGGCCAGAAUUCAUAUCUUCUUAUACACAAAAGGACUCACACGGAGGAAAAAUCGUUUUUCUGUUCUGAGUGCGGAAAGGCUUUUAUCGAAGAAGCGAGCCUUCUUAGACAUCAGAGGCUUCAUACUGGAGAGAAACUCUUUUGUUGCCCGACGUGUGGGAAAGGUUUCACGGAGAAAUCGUGUCUGGUAAAGCAUCAGAGAAUUCACACGGGAGAGAAACCCCAUACUUGUUCUGUAUGUAAGAAAUGUUUUUCCGAAAAAUCGCAUCUAGUAAAACACCAGAGAAUUCACACUGGGGAGAAACCUUUCUCCUGUUCCGAGUGCGGAAAACAGUUUAUUCAAAAUGCCCAUCUUAUCAAGCACCGGAGGACCCACACGGGAGAGAACCCAUUUUCCUGUGCUGAAUGCGGCAAAAGAUUUGUGGAUAAAUCCAAUCUCAUGAUGCAUAAUAGAACUCACACGGGAGAUAAACCGUUCUCAUGUGCUCAGUGUGGGAAAAGUUUCGUCCAAAGUUCGCAUCUCCUUGUACACCAGAGAGUUCAUACGGGGGAGAAGCCGUUCUCCUGUUCUGAAUGUGGGAAAUUUUUUAGAGACAAGUCAAGCCUUAGCAAGCACAAGCGCGUUCAUACCGGGGAGAAACCAUUCGCCUGCUCUGAGUGCGGGAAAAGUUUUAGCCAAAAUUCCCAUCUUCUUACACAUCAGCGGACUCACACAGGGUUGAAGCCUUACUCGUGUUCUCAGUGCGGGAAAAGCUUUAGCGAUAACUCGAGUCUUGUGAAGCACAGGAGACUCCACACGGGACUGAAACCGUUUAGCUGCAGGGAAUGUGGCAAAUGUUUCAGUCAAAAAUCCUAUCUUAUUAUCCACACGUCGACUCACACAGGGGAUCAGGCGAUUGCGUGCUCAGAAUGUGGGAAACUCUUUAGCAAUAAAUCAAAUAUGGUUAAACACAAGAAAAUUCACAUGCGAUAAGCCAAGUUUUUGGCAGGUUAAAAUGGAGUUAAAAGGUUGAACUUGAUGGACGUGUGUC